CCACACCUCUGCAGCGCCCGACCAGCGUGGGCGCACGGAGGCUGUUUAAAAAGCCUGUUUAAAAGCUAAUGGGGUUUUCCAAAGGGAUCAGACUGAAGGUAGAGGGCGCAGGCUCGAUACCCAAUUCAUUAAUUAGCUGUUGCUGGACAGCGGCGUGAGGGCGGCUCUAACUUUUCAUGGGAUUUGAAUCGAGGUUCGAAGCGCGAGAUGUUGUUGUUUCUACUGACGAUCCUCGUCUUGAUCAAUUCCCCUGCUGCUAAGUGUCACAGCAGUCAGUCUGACAGUAGAUCUAGCAGUGAGUCUGACAGUGAUGAGAGGGGCAAUCACUUUCAGCCCAUGCCACUUCCUCCCUGGCCUUCCUUCCCUUUUUGGCAUCUGUUUCCUGGUCUGAGGCCAAAUCCGCCACCCGUCAUCCCCCCACCUCCUCCCCCACCCCCAACCCCGAAGACGACCACAGUCACGACAACGCAAACCACCAAGACCACUGCUGUUCUCCGCACAACACCUUCGCGAGGGGACAAUGGUUAAAAUUCAUCCUGGGAUGUAAAAACAGAUCAUAUUCAUGCUUUGUGUGUUUUAUUGAUUUAUACAGACAUACAUACGAACCUGUUGGCAUAUUUUUUACAUUUCAGUAUUUCCUCAGUAACUUCUCCACGUUCUCGUGUAUCACUCUGUUCACUGGUUUCAUGCUUAUCACUUUUCACAUUUUGUAAUCAGCACGAUAUCCUGUCGAAACAUCUUUUUAAUUUCAUAUUGUUCCCCAGUCCAUAUAAAAGUAGAAAGAAUGCAGUGAUAUUUUGUGAUUUGGAGGAUAUGCACACGAAGUAGAUAGACGUGUGUUUAGUCAGGGUGUAAUUACGAGUCUUGCAGGAGGCUGCCGUUGGAGACCUGUGGGCGGACGCUGACGACAUGCUGCUGUAAUGUGCAUUCAGAGGGCCCACUCAUCAGCAUCCCUGGAUCGAGACAGAUUAAGAAAGGGAUGAGUGCUGAGCUUAUAAUACCCAAUUCUCAGCUGCAUCGCUGAAGUCUGCCACACAGUGUUUUUCAUCAUGACUCAGCCUCUUGACCAAUAGUUUCAUUCACUGCACCAUCGACCCUUUGCCGCAUUUAUCCACCAAAACUUACACAGCAUAAUAUUUGCAUUCUCACUGUCAUCUGGUUCUUAAUAUACAACUCAAUCAUUUCCUGUCUUAUGUUUCUGUUUUUUGCACAACUAAUCAAUAUGAAUGUAAUUCCAAGCUCUAUGUUUGUGACGUCAAUGGUACUGUAUCACAGGAAAGAAUGUAUAAAUAUAUUGUGUAUUCCAAUAUAUUCCCUAUAAAUACUGCACUGCAAUGCUUCAGUCCUUUUCUGAGAGCAACACGAGUAAAGAAAUGAGUAUUUGUGAGUUAUUUCAACACAUGUAAUCAGCCUUCUAUGUAAAGAAAAUCAUU